UCAAGGCUCUCUGUUGCAAGCCUACCACCAUCGCCUUCGCCAUCGCCAUCACCACACGUGAUUCCAACCAAUAGUGUCAGAAUCUCGGGAACUCGUACAGGUGCAGUAGCGUGAGACUCAGUAACAAUGUCGUGGUGGAGCUGGUAGACAUAACUCGUCAUAGUCACUGCAGGAGCUCAGAGCGAGUGGGCCAGUAGAAGGGGAGCUCCAGUUUUCGAAGUAAUCGCAAUAACCCUCUGCGUAAAUCUUUUGCACGUGUAAACUCCGCGUCCGGGAGUGCACUCGGUGGUUGCUUGAGAAUUUUGUCGUCGGCGCAAGGAGCGCAGGAAGUUAGGCUGUCAUGGUGGUGGAUAUUUAGGACAGGAGCGUGGUUUCAUGUGGUGGACUGUUUCGUUUUUGCCCCUGUUACUGGCAGGGUGUGGGGCUAUGGCAUCGGCGUCGACAUCGUGGUUUGGUGAUGAGAUUAGCCGAUGGUUGGGCUAUGGUGGGGCCUGUGGUAGCUUCCGUUCAUGUGCUGACGUCCGGCAGGAGAAUUCUACGCACGCUUAGUGGAGGUUUGAAUUCUGCGGCUCUGCGGAGUCUGCUUCCUUGGAUUACUGUGGAUAUUCUAGCCUUGCUCCUCAUCCGUUUGUCCGCUUGUUCAAACUUCACGUUGUUGGACUUACUCCUCCGGUCGUCGUUUACGCGGGAACGACUCGGAGGAGUCCUGUGGAGACCAGGACUUGGGGUGGUAAAUACCAUAAAGGAUGCCGCCGUCUUCGGGGUUUCGACUUUCUUGGGGUCGUUGAAUCCCGGAUGUGUUGUAGGCAAGUUAAAUUGCACAAUUCAAACUCGAAAGGUUUCCUUUAUCCUCCCCUUUUAGCACUGGAGCUUUAGGAUCUCAUCCGUCUUUAAUGGGAGGAAGUUGUCUUCCCGACUCAGAGGAAGACAGAUACUCGUUGUCGAUCUGUUGUUGUGAGGUUUCAGUUUUGUUGCGAUAGAGCCUUGAUUGCCUUGCAGCUCUUUUGUCUUAACACUUCAUGGCCAACUAAGCUGGCAAAACACCGCGUGUGCGAUCUCGAGGCAUUUCUUGGCGGGUCCCUUUGGCGUAAUCUAGGGCUUCAUUACUAUUUAUCCGUGCCGUCCAGUUGCCGAAGAGACAUGUUGCCGAAGGUCGUCCGCAGGUUUACAGUUGGCAGUUGGAUUACGGUUGUCUCUUAGCGAUCGCUUUCCUGGUUGUCCUUGCAUCACGAAACCACCUCUUCCAGAAUGAGCUUUGCAUUGCAAGGUUCAGGCUUCAGGUGGUGCCUAUUCGUUGGAAGACAGAAUGUCUGCAAGCCUGUUGGGACCUCACAUGUAGUUCUUGCUUGUGGCAUUGUGACAUCCGAACACCGCCGAUUCUUAUGAAACAGGGGUCUUGGUUCACCUGCAUUCGGUGGAUUUGUGCUAUCACGAAGCUCGGCGUACUGAUAUAGGCUCAUAGGGCUAUCAUCUUCUUUUAGUUUCCAGGGGUAAUGUGUGCAGGAGCAAUUUGGUUAAGAGUCAUUCAUGCCUAUUCUUCGCUCAGAGACGACAAGCUUGAGCUUCGAAGAAGCAGAUUGUAACACGUAUUUGGAAACAAUCCACGAUUUGCGACUCUUCGAGGCAGAUUAGAUCGUAGGGCGAUUCUUUCGGAGUAUUAUCUUUGAGGUGUUGCUGGAUUAGCAGUUGUUCUAUUGAAGACGUCCAAGAAUUGUGAAUUUGUAUUUUUGACGAGAUUAUUGCUGUGUGGGAGGAGAGAGAAAAGCGGAUUUCUGGUGGGGAUUUUUAGUAGAACUAUGUGCCCUGUGCGAGAAAGAAAUCGAAGCUGCGAAUUCUUGUGAUUCAGUGAAGAGUCAUCAUGGGUGCUGAGAGUGCAGGAAGAGAGACAGCGCCAUGGGCGGUGAAAGCGUUUUCGCCUCCAUCAGAUGUACUUGCAAAACUUUGGGCUGCACGAAAUGAACUUUGUCAAUCCUUAGAGAAGACCCGUGCAUUAGGAAAUCAAUUAAAUGAAGCCAACAAGCGGCUGCAGAUGUUUCAAGAUCGUCUGUCUCCUGUAAGGAGAUCACUGUUGCCACUGCAGGAGAAAUCCAAGAUCACAGAGAGUUUGACUCAAAGAAUAAAUAAAACCUUAGAACCAGCGAUGCAGGUUCUUAAAAUGUUUGAUGUGGUGAGCAAGAUUAGGGUAAGAUUGGUGAAGGAGCCUAGAGAUGAUUUCGAUGGUUACUUGGCUGCAUUAAUACAGCUGGAAGAAGCUGUCGAUUAUUUGAAACACAAUUCGAUUGUGGCCAUCAAUUGGUUGCAAGAAGCUGUCGCUUACCUGAACUAUACAGGCUCUACAGACACUGUGCGCUUACGGCGACUCAAUGAAUCACUUGCAACUUUGCAGUCUCAACAGGCGGGUGGAGCACAUGAGCUCGAUGGUGGAUUAUUAGUCACUGCACUUGGCAAGCUUGAGAAAGAAUUUAAGCGCCUGAUAAGUGAGCACAGUCAACCUAUUGAAUUACCCGAACAAAUGGCACCUCGAGAAUCAAACUCUCCUCCUUCCUCUGAGUUGGACUAUCUGGUCAGCUACCCUCCGCAGGUCCUGCAGAAAUUGCAAACUAUUAUAGAAAAAUUAGCUGGCAACGUUCAUUACCAAAGAUGUGUAGAUGCGUACCAAGACACUCGACUUGUACUUUGUGAAGAAAGCCUGAAAGCUCUGGACGUGCGUUACAUGAACAAUGUCACCCCAAAAACAGUGAACUCAAUUCCAUGGGAUGAUUUACAAAACAUGGUGGAAAAAUGGGCCCAACAACUUGAGGUUAUUGUGAAGAUGCUGUAUACCGGUGAAAGACGCCUUGCUCGUCAAGUGUUCAAAAAUGUGGGGCAAGCAGUCUGGGUGGAAAUCUUAUAUGACUUAGCUGAGCCUGAGAUGGAUACAUUCCUGAGAUUUGGAGAAAGUGUUGCAGCAAGCGAACGUUCCCCCGAGAAGCUCUGCAAGCUGCUUGAAAUGUAUGAAAGCAUGGAGAAGUGUGAACAUAGUGUUAUUCAGGUAUUCGAUGGGCAGGCUUGUGGUGAGAUCCGAUCACGUUACCGAGAGCUUUUGAAACAGAUUGUCUAUGCUGCUGGAAAGACAUUUUGGGACAUUGAUGACUGGAUAAAGGAGCAAAAAGAAGGGGUCUCUCUGGACGGUAGGGUCAUGCAACUUUGCAGUUGGGUGGUCAAUUAUCUGGGAUAUGUGAUUGCUUUGUUUCCCAUAACAUUGAGCAAGGUUCUACGAAUUGCGCAAAGCUGGGAGGGUGAGGGAGCUGAAGAUAAGGGGCUGCCUGAGGGAUUGGCUCUCAUUCUGAAUACUCUUGAAGGACUAGUGGAGACGCGCGCCAAGGAGUUUCACGACCCUGCCCUACGUCACAUUUUUCUGAUGAACAACAUGUACUAUAUUCGCAAUCGUGUGAAGAACAAUGCUCUGGGGCCAUUGUUAGGCGAAGACUGGAUUUCUGAGGUCGGUCGCAAGGUGUCAACAAAUGCAUUGAAGUACCAACGAGAAGCAUGGCAGCAGGUACUCCAGCAUCUCAACAGUGACGGACUAAAGGGAUCCUCAUCAAGUAAAAGCGGCUCACGUGAUCUGGUGCGGCAAAAAUUGAGAGCAUUUAACGCUGCAUUCGACGAGACUGUUCAAAUCCAGUCGAAGUGGCUCAUAGCAGAAAAGGAUUUGAGGGAUGGUACCUUAGCAGCAGUCACACAAAUGGUUGUACCUGCGUACCGAAGCUUUCUGGGACACUUCGGGUCUCUGUUGGAAGGCCGUGGCCGUGAUUCAGACAAGUACAUUAAGUAUACUCCCGAAAUUUUGGAGACAAUCUUAGGAGAUUUAUUUGGAGGUAACAACGCCUGAGCAGACGGUGUUACUGCAAUGAAUUUUUGACCCAUGCGCAGGGUUGUGCAUUGUAAACAAUUUUUUCUCAAUUGACAAUUUUAACAUGCAAUUAUUUGGUCUUUCUUUAA